CAAUUGAGAGAGCAAUAGCCGCACAAAACUCGUCAUAGCUCGGGUACUUCCAUGUGCUGGUACAACUGGGGGCGCCUCGUCGUAUUUAGAGGACAUUUCGUCUCUUCAAUGCAUACCUCAAGCCAUAAUCCAGUCCUCCUACACACAAUAAACUCUUUGCGCUGUCACACCAGAAAUCCCCAUCACCAUGUCCAACCAGCAAUUCUCCAACGCCGACACGGGCAACCGCCCUGCCGACCCUUACAAGGAUGCCAACAAGGACGAGGUGUCCCUUCAAACCAAGAUUGAGGACUUGACCCAGUUCAUCAAUGCCACCAAGUUCGCCAUGAUGACCACACGUGAUGCCUCGUCUGGCAACCUCGUUUCGCGCGCCAUGGCACUGGCCGCCUCUGAGGUGGGCGGUAUUGAUCUUCUCUUCCACACCAACACCGAGUCCAACAAGACGGACGAGAUCAAGAGCGAUCCUCACGUCAACAUCUCGUUCAUCAACAGCUCAGGCGACUGGGCGUCCGUCUCGGGUGUUUCCUAGGUGGUCACCGACCGUAGUCUCGUCAAGAAGCACUACAGCUCCGAACUCAAGGCGUGGUUGGGCGACCUCGGCGAUGGCAAGCACGACGGCUCGGAGAAUGACCCCCGCAUCGGCGUCAUCCGUGUCAAGACCAACACCAUCACGUACGCCAUCUCCCACAAGACGUUUGUCGGCAAGCUGGCACAGGUGGCCGAGGGU